AGUUGCUAAAGCGGGCAGCGCACAUGUUGUUCAAAGUAGUUGUCUGUCAACUUUAAAAGUAAAAAGCAAUCAGGAUGGUGGAUACCAGAUAUGUCUUCCAAAUUUCUGGAAUCAAAAACAUAGAUAUCAAGGGAAGGCUGCUGCACGGAAUCCACCAGCUGGGUGGGAAGUAUGUUGGUGGCUCUGCUUACAGAGAGGGCAUAACACACCUGAUUGUCAGCCACACCCUGGCUAGCGAGAAGUUUCUUGCAGCUUGUGCCGGAGGGAAGUGGAUUGUGACCCCGGAGUACGUUUUGGAAAGCGUGAAGAGCGGGGCGUGGCUGGCCGAGGAGCCCUAUGAGGUGGACCUUGCUGCCCAGACCCCUGGGGUGUCCAACCCCAUCCGCAUGUGGAGGGAGAGGGUGAGCAGCGGCAGCCGAAUGGCGGGGGCCUUCCAGGGCUGGAGCGUAGUCCUACAGAUCAGCAACCCCUCCAGGAGCGACAUGUUCAAACGAAUCCUGACUUCAGGAAAGGCCAGGGUCUACCCUUCCACAUCCGCAUCCACCCAUCCCAUCACUCAUGUGUUCAUGGAACAAGUGACCAAGGACUUGAAGUCCCACAAUGCACCUUGCUACUCUGUGGCCCACAUCGCGCAACAUUUAUUUGGGGACCUGUGGUCAAAGAUGGAUUUCAAAGAGCCUCUUGUCCUCUCAGAAUCCUGUGAUAAACAGAGUUCUCUAAUGGACACAUCCACAGAAUUAGAGGCCAGCAAUGUGCUCUUCUCUGACCUCGAAAAGCAGCUGAGAGACCACCUCUCCAAACUCGAGCGUCUUAAGAAGAAGAUCAUUUCCACAGAGGUUUUGAACUUCACCCCAGCUAAUCCUCCGCCUCAGACGGUUGUGGCAGACUUCAGUAACGUGCAGAACAUGAUUGAGUGCGGCUUGCUCACGGAAGCGCUGCAGGAAAUACAGGGGGCGCUGUUUCCCGGGCUCCUUCCGCCAGCCCAGGCGCUACAGUCCCUAAUGCAGCACGCACUGCACGGUGAAAUGAAGCCGUACUUCUACAGCAUGUUCCGGGCCGCAUUGCACGACGUCCUGCGGAACAACCCCCCGUGGGGGUCGCCGGUGGUCGUGAAGUACUUCCUGUCCGUGCUGCAGUGUCCCGUCUGCAAGGGAGGGCUCUGGCCUCUCUUUGAGAUGUCCGUCAGGUUGUGCAUGUCCAGUGGGCCCACCUGUCACUCACUGCCUAGCCCCGCCCCCGCAGAGCAGAUCCGUUUCCAUGUCGACCUGCAAGCCUUCAUUCUCAAGCUCUUCCAGUUUGAGCUGCAAGCCUCCAGCACAAGAAAGCCCGGCGGAUCCCGGGCGUCUGUUCUGGUCAGCACGUUCUGGAGCACGUGGGAGAGGUCCACCCUCGGCACGAGAGCGGUCCAGCAGCUGGUGGAGCUGCUGAUCCAGGCUUCACUGUGGGCGCUGCCAUCCUCUGAGGACUGGCAGCAAAGGGUCAUGUGCAUCCUCCAUGACGUCCUGGCGGCGGUGGUGGAGUACUGGUGUCAGGUCCACGGCCAGCUGAACAGGGACCUGGUGGAGAGAGGCUUGGCGGACUUGGCUGAGCACAUCUCCAUUCUGUGCCAAGACCUGCCUCCUGAAGUUCUCCAGGACUUCGUUCCCAGCAUGCCCUCUGUGAGACUGAGGAUGGUCACCGCCGACGCCGUGUACCAGAACAUCUGCUGCAGGAACGGCAUCGUCACGGGAUCCGAGCCCCUGUCUCUGGCGAAGAUCGUGUCCUCCUACCUGCCGGCCCUGGGCCGCCUGAGCGCGCGAGGGCCAGCCGGAGCGAAAGACCCCCGGGCGAGGGGGCCGGGCGCGGAACCCGCCGCUGCCAGCUGCGCCGGCCGAGGACCCGCCGCCGGCCUGCCGCCGGGAUCGCGAGUGACACGGGAGUCCGCGGCCCCCGAGGCACCUGGCCCGAGCAAGGACAGCGUUCCCAGAGGACUGCACAGAGUCAACGCUGCCGGAGAGACACUCUUGCACAGAGCCUGCAAGAAGAACCAAGUGGAGACCCUUCUGCGCAUCCUUUCACUUCCUGGGACAGACGUCAAUGUUAAAGACCACGCCGGCUGGACCCCUCUGCAUGAAGCCUGUAACCAUGGCAGCAGCGCGUGCGUGCGGGCGCUCCUGCAGCACUGCCCCGCCCUUCACCUGGACAGCCAGGUGGGCGGAGUCAGCCCGCUGCACGACGCCCUGCUCAACGGGCACGUCGACAUCGCCAAGAUGCUGCUCCGGCAUGCAGGCUCUUCUCUGCUGCAGCAGCAGGACAACUGUGGCAGGACAGCUCUGGACCCGGUGUCCUCCCCAGCGUUGAGGGAGGAGCUGAGGAGAUGCGCCCAAGAGGGAGAUGCCGCAUGGGACGCCCAGGGGUCAGAGGUCAAGGACGAGCCCUUCCUGGAGGCAUGCUCCUGCCUGCUCAGCUGCCUGCUCCUGAGCUACGUGCUGGCGCGGGACGUCCCGUCCUACGAAGCCCUCGGGGAGGCCCAGGGCCCGGCCCCCCGGCUGGCCCGCGCCCUCGCCGCCCACUCGGCCGCGCAGGUGACGGCGGGAUGGGGCGACCCGAGGCUGGUCCGCCACGCCGAGGACGUGGAGGCGCUGCUGGGGGUGGGCCGGCACCUGCGCAGAGUACCCCCGGCAGUGCGCGGCUGCCAGGGCCGCCACACCCGCGUCCUGAUGCGCCGGCUGGAGGAGCUGGAGUCCGACGGGAGGAUGCUGCUCGGAAACGCACCCAUGUGACCUGCCGAGCCACCUGCGAGCCGGGCCUGCUCAACCCUGCAGAGUGUUUCAGCCAGUCUCUCCCAUCAAAUUUACCGUACACAAGCAGGCACCAUCUUAACUAGACCAACUACACUUCUCAACUUUGUCUGCAGACGGGUCAGUAUAUCAAAGAGGAACCUGGAAACCUCCUGUAACACGGUCAAGCAGGCACCUUAUCUAUAACAGAGCUGCUUUUCUGAAAAAUGUUAUCCUUCGGCUCAGUUUGCAAACGGGAGCAGAUGGCGUUUUUUUUCCCCGAGUGUCUGCAUGAACCUGCGCACAAGGUGAAGCGACACUAAAUACAUUAAAAAUGCAUGCCGGCAGAACUUCCAAGCAGCCGGAAUCUGAAGCAUAACAACGGCGCUGGAUAACUUAUUCACAAAGUGUUCUAAAAAGCACCGGUUCUUAAAUCCGGGGUUUGAAGUAUCAUUGUAGGCCUAACUUUUUUAGGGAAGUAACUUUAGAUAGAUAUUAAAGUGAAUACAAACCGACGAGGCAAGCGCUCCAUGCGCCAAGGUGAUUGUUUUCUGCUGUGUACAAAAGGAAGAAUGGAGGAGCUGCUUUCUCACUAUUCUGAUUGAUUCUGGAAAAGAGGAUCCCACAGAAGUUUCUGGAAUUCACUUACCGGUUGAAGGCUUCAGGAGUAGAUGGAAGCUGAUGCUUUAUCAGUCAUAUGGUAAAUACGGACACAAGAUGUUGGAAUUUUGACUUUUGUGUCAGUUGCAAUAACAGCUUGCUGACGGAGCUGAGACUCCAUUGUAACAUACUUUGCAGAACUAGUUCUGCACGUGUUUUGAUGUUCUAAAUUUACGCGGUUUGUGAAAAGAGACUUUUAAUCCACCUGCAAUCAUAUUGGUUGAAAUAAAGAUAAGUGACAAAAUAAAUUAAAUGCGCUUUAAGGCUUGAACUGUUUUA